AUACCCCCAGUUUACUUCAGUACUGGGUAUCGUGCAGACCCAUGCAGAUCAAACUACAUAAGGCUGACCCCUAAGUCCCUGCCUAAACCUUGGAGGGACACCCAGCCUAGCUCAAACAGGACCUAUAGACUGACAUCAGAGAAAAUUGUCACACAGCAUGAUGACAACUAAGGAGAGGAAGAUGCAGGCUGCAGCCAUUGUGAGAGAAAUAAAAGGAACUGAUUCUGAUACCAUGGACCUUGGAAAAAAGAUCAGCGCGCCCAAAGACAUCAUGUUGGAAGAGCUAUCCUUGCAAUCCAACAGGGGCUCCAGGCUCUUCAAAAUGCGUCAGCGGAGAUCUGAAAAAUACACUUUCGAAAGCUUCCAGAAUGAAACCAACAUGCAAAUGAAUAACGGUGUUCCUCUUCAAGCUCAGAAUAGCGAAGCAACAGAAAAUGGUAAAGGAGAUGGCAACAGCUUGGAUGUUGGACACUCACCCAAAACACCACCAAAUACACCUGACCCCAGAACCCCACUUAACCCAGACAAUAUUGCUCCAGGAUAUGUUGGACCCUUGAAGGACAUUCCUCCUGAGAGGUUUAAUACCACAGCUGUCCCGAAAUCCUACCACUCUCCUUGGGAACAAGCCAUCAUCAAUGAUCCUAACCUGCUGGAUACUUUACACCCCAAGAUGCCAUUGCCUGAACUAAAGCAGGAUGGGCAGGAUUUUAAAAGCUUCAACAGAGUGGCUACUCCUUUUGGUGGUUUUGACAAAGGCUCCAGGAUCAUCACGUUCAGCGCACCAGAGAUGGAUAUGAGCUUUAUGAAUGCUGCCCCAAAACCCACAGAUUUCCAAGACAUAGUUAGCAAGCGGCCCACUUUCAACAGGACGGCCCAGGGUUGGAUAUCAGAUGGCACCCCUAUUGUCAUCCCUGUUGUGCCUUUUGAAUCCUUCAUCCCUGAGUCUGAUGACCUGUGAUGUGCUAAAAUAACAAAACAAUCUGAUACAGUACAAUAAAUAUGAUGGUUUGCACAUAAUGCAUCACCCAGUAUAUUGAAGCUGUAUUUAGAGGCAUGCAACUGUUUAAAUGUAUUAGAUAGAUUUUACCAGGGGGGAGGGGGUAUGUUUAAUUCAAAAGGCCCUAACUGUGAAGUAAAACAAAAUUUGUAUAACUAUAAUAAACAUAUAUUUUAAUAUUUAAAUACCAUGU